UCUAUCCUCCAUCCUCCUCCCCCUCCUCCUCUUCCUCCUCGCACUCCUCAGCCAGCCCCGCGCUUCCCCAGCCGGCCGUGCCCCCGCUCGCCUCCCGGAGUGGCCGGCUGCGGGCGUUCUCCGGGCCCGCCGCUGGACGCCGGCUUCGGUAGUGGGCUUUCUCUUUCUCUUCUCUUCCUGAGUGCUAGGAGGCCGGGAGGCUGCGGCGGGCGCGGCUUGGCCCUGGGAUCCGUCGGGGAACGAGAAUGAUGUACCUGAAGCCGUCCUGGGCGCAGAGCUGUGGCGGCCUCUUGCACCUGGCCGUCCUGCUGAGCCUGGCAGGGCUCCGCAUGGACCUGGACUUCUACCUGCUGCUCCCCCCGCCGCCGCCCCUGCUCCGGGACCCCUGGGCACUGCUGGGGAGCCCUGGCGGCGCUGCCUACGCGCUGCCUUCCUUCCAAGAAGGAGCCGUCGGAGGCUGGGGCCACUUGCACCCCAAGUGCCCGGACGCGGAUUCAGCCUUCCUGUCCGAGGGACAGGGGCUGCUGCAGGAGGUGCGCACGCUGGGGGUCCCUUUCACCCCGCGCAUGCACGUGAAUGCCUGGCUAGUGCACUGCGUGGCUGCGGCUGGGGGCGCCGACGGGCCCCAGAGACUGCUGGGGAACGCAGCCCCGACCGAGGCGAGCGGGGACGCGGGUCCUGGAGACCCUGGCGGCAGUAGCAGCAGUGGCGGCAGCGGGCCGGCCCGAGGUGAGGACAAGGACCAGGAGGCCGAGGAAGAGCAGUCCCCGACGGCUGCCCCAGCCUCAGGAGGCGUCGAGACCAGCGGAUGCUGCGUCGAGGAGAGCCAAGAGGGCGAGACGGACACAGCUUGGUCUCUGGAAGACAUUUUCCAUUUGAUGGCACCUCCAAUGGAAAAUUCUCUGGAGGGCAUCUCUUCUCAACCCCUGCCGCUUCUCUGUAACAACAGCAGUGAUGGUGUGGACACUCCCGGCCAGUACAGCAUGAACUUCAGCCAGGCAAUUAGUCACGAUGUAAGCCUCCAUGAGGCCAUGUUGUUGUGCCCAGAUGCAUCCAGAAGAGACCCAAGAGCCAGACAUCCACAGACCCAGGACACAUUCUUACCGCUGAAUUCCAGCAAUGCUCUUCCUCUUCCAGGGACAGAUUGGGCAGGACUUUUUCCAUCUACUGAGAGUAGGAUCAGGAACCUAACAUCCCAAGACCUUCUCUUGGACCUUGAUGAAAAUAUAUUUGAUGAGAUAAAUUUAAUAUCUUUUGCCAUGGAGGAGGGCUUUGACCCGAUAGAAGUUUCCCAGCUUUUUGAAGAACCAGAUUCUGAUUCUGGACUUUCCUUAGAUUCCAGCCAUAGCAGCACACCUGUGACCAAUCCUAAUUCAUCUGCUUCCCUGUGUGAUGAUGAAGGUGCCGUGGGUUACAGCAGUGAUGCUGAAUCUUUCUCCCAUCAGGGGCUAGAGGGAGCUGUUGGAGGUCACUGGCCAGAGACCAGUGAGCUGUGCCAUACACCGGGUUCAGAUCCUUCUGGAGAACCUACAUUGGAAAGUAUUCUUCACAACCACACUUACUACCUACUGCCGAGUCCACCAUCAUCUGAACCUCUCCUUCUGUGGCCCCAGAAGUCCCAGGCUGUAAAAAGGAGUGGCUACCUUAGUGAUCAGGACAGCGCCCUGAGCCAGGACGAACACCAUGCCAAAACCCUUUGCCUUCCCUUCUCGGUGGAUGAAAUUGUCAGCAUGCCUGUUGACUCCUUCAACAGCGUGUUAGCCAAGAGCUUCCUGACGGAUACACAGGUGUCCCUGCUCCGUGACAUCCGAAGGAGAGGCAAAAAUAAAGUUGCCGCCCAGAACUGCCGCAAACGUAAAUUGGAUGUGAUUCUGAGCCUGGAGGAGGACGUGUGCAACCUGCGCGCCAAAAGGGAGAGCCUUAAACUAGAGAGGGCCCAGUAUAGUAAGUCACUUCACCUGAUCAAACAGAAGCUACACAACGUUUACCGGGAUGUUUUCAGUAGGUUAAGGGAUGACCAGGGCAGGCCUGUCAACCCCAAUCUGUAUGCUCUUCAUUGUGGCCAGGAUGGUAGUGUUUUGAUUGUGCCCAAAGAACUGAUGACUUCCAGUCUUAAAAAAGACGAUCAAAAAGAAAAGGAGAGAAAAUGAGGCGAAGAUAUCUAUACAAUGGACUUCUCUGGAGGGAAGGUUACACUGGAGAAGGACACGGGGAAAAGGGGGUCACAUUAACAAUUGAAAUGGAAUUGUGGACAUGUUUGUUGAGUCUUGGUGACUUCUAACUUGGCACAGUCUAGCCCUUAGGUGGCUGCUGUUGUCCGGCAAUGCUCAUUCUUGAAUGAUCAAAUUAACUUUUAACUGGCCCAAAAAUCCAAUCAAGGACCUCAAGUUUAGUUCAUGAGUGGCUUUGCAUCAUCAUACGGUAGGUAACCACACUACCACUACCUUCCCUCACAAAAAAAAAAUGUCAUGGACUAGAAUUUCUGAGUCAAAGGCAGGGUGUGAAAGCAUGGGACAACUGCCCAGGCAUUCUGGGUAGUGGCCACAUUUUACAAUAAGAUGGUCACUUUCAAGCAAAAACAUCCUGUGUUAGAAAAAGAUUCCAUGUUUUCUUAUGGAGUAACUUCUUGAAAUUCCAAAUGAUCUUUUGUUCUUGUUCAUUUCUGUCCGACUCUUUGACCCCAUUCUGGAUUUUCUUGGCGAAGAUACUGGAUUGGUUUGCCAUUUCCUCCUACAGCUCAUUUCACAGAUAAGGAAACUGAAGCCAGCAGGGUUACACGAUUUGUCCAGGGUCACCCAGCUAGUAGGUGUUCAAGGCCGGAUUUAAACUUGGGUUUUUCUGACUCCAGGCCCAGCUGCCCCAAAGUGACUUCAGGUUUUUAGAUUUUUUUUUCAUUUAGUCUGUUAGCACUGGAGCCCAGAUCACAGUCAGCUUUUGCAAAGCAACUUUUAGUUAAAAUUUUUGUGAAUACUUAACUUAUGUAUUUUUCUUGCUAUGAAAAUAAAUUAUGUAUUUGUAGAAAAACUAGCUUUUUCCUUUUUUUCUGAAGAUGUCCCAGUGGCUAUUCAGACUUUUAAUCUAUAUAUCUAUACUGAAAUCUUAAGCAAACUGGCACUGCUGAUUCAUUUUGUUCCAUUUAUUUACUAACACUUCUUUUAGGCCUGCUCUGGAAACAGCUAUAAUUUUCAGAUCUCUUAUCAACCAAUGGCUUUUUUUUUCCUGAACAGCCGACCUGAUUUCUUUGCUGCUCUGAAAGGAAAACUAUCCUGUCAGUACUCAAGCAGUCUUUAGUGUUGGGUUUUAUUUGGAAACUCCUUUUUAAACACUGAAUUUUCAAUUUAAACCCAGGACUUUUCAAAACCAAAAGAAUUUGCUUAUGUGAUUGCAUUAGGAUUAAAUGGAUGGAUCAAUAGAACUAGAUUGCCCAUCUUUAAACAAUAGAGAAUUCUUAUUUCCAAAGUUUUGCUAUAUAGAGGCCACCUUCAAAAUUUUUUACCACGUGCCUGUUUCUUUGAACUGUUUUGUUUUGAAUUAAGUAGUCUCUUCUGUAAGGUACAGAGAGUUUAGAAGUAUGCUGUUUCCGAAAGAUGUUGAAAGUAUGGCUGUUAAAAAUUAAGUAUAAUUAGGUCUGCUUUAGACACUUUGAAGGAGAGAGAUGAUCAGAAGGGCCAUCAUGAUGAAAGGGGAGGCGGCUAGUGUGAUGGUGAUUGUUGUGAAACCCUGCCCCAAAAUGAGUCGUUUGGGACUGCUUCCAUUGCACCCAAGGAAAAGGCCAAGGUGCCAAGAUGAACUGUACUUCUCUUAAUCGAAUAAACGUGUAGUGGUUUGUA